GGAUUCACACUAGACGAACGGAAGCCUAGAGUUGUUUACCCCGAGUUCAGACUACUCUAUUACAGAGAAAAUGGUACCAGCAAGGAAAAGUAGACGGCAGAGCAAACCACCGGCUAAGUUGCAAGACUUUGUAUAUGAAGAUGGUCGAGAGAAAGAAAAAGGUGUUACCACACCAGAGAAAAAGAAGGUUGAAGGUAGUCUCAGAGCGACAAAACAGUCCAAGAAGAAAAAUGUUGCAAAUAGUGAAACACCAGACAAGAAGCAAAUGGAUGAUUCACAAGAGCCAAGGAGAAGUGGAAGAACACCAAAAUUGAGUGAAAAACUGAAAAGUUACUUAAAUGACAAAGUUGAUGCCAAGAUGGAGGUUGAGACGGCUGCAAAGAAACAGUCCAAGAAGUCCUCAACAUCUCUUGGGUCUCCAACAGACUCCAUUCAUCUUAAAGAACCACGAGUGACAUUGAGAAAACUGUCUGUCUCUUCAGGAGUCAAAAAUUUGAAGUCUCACACAAAGAGUCAAAUAAAAAAUAAGAGUCCACGUUUACCUUCCACUCCUGAGAGAAAUGUGAAGGGAAAUGAGAGACAGGCUUCAAGCAAGAGGAACAAAAUGACUAAGAGAAAGUUGUCAGAAAUGGAUGGCAUUGAGGUGAAGGCCAAGCCUUCUCCCACAAACCCCCAAAGGCCAAUCUCAAAAACGAAGAAAACUAGGGUGUCGACAAACGGGAGCUGUGAAAGACUAACAAGUGAGAGUGAUGAGUGUCAGGAGAAAGACGAGGAAGAGGGGGCAGAAGAAGAUGAAGAUGAAGAAGAAGGAAAACUAGAAGAAAGAAGAAGCAUUGAUACUGUGAGGCAAAUCAACAAGGACAUGAUGACACAACUUUUGAACUUUGGUGCUGAGAUUGCUGAAGCCAUGGCCAGUAACAAUGAGAAGAUACUUGAAGUGAUUAACAAAGAAAAUUGCUCACACAACCCUCUGUAUACAUUCAAGAUUGAGGGAGAUGAUGAUUUUGAUGAGAAAGAGGCAGAUAAGAUUCUAGACUGGCUAGAAAAAGAGCAAAUACAACGAGGGGCAUAUCGGAAAAAGAUUAUAGACUCCAUGCGGGCCUCGCAUGAAUCAAACAUGACACUUUUUAACCAACUUCUUAAAAAGCUUCAGUCUUUAUCAUCAUCCCUGAGAUGUUGAUGGAACCCAAAUUUUCUUUUUUAUUUUAUUUUCCUUUUCUUGAGUGUGUUAAGGUGUGUUUUAGAUAAAAGAGAAGUGUUUUUUGUUAAUUCUAAUAUACUUUAUCUUUCCUAUUAUUUGAUCAGUGAAUAGAAGAAGUAGUAUGUUUUAUUUAGAGUAUUUGUUCCCUUGCAAUUAGUUGAUCAAAAAAUAGAAAUAGAAAUGUCAAUAUUCCUUUUAAUUUCAUAAUUAUGUUUAAGGAAAAUAAUUUCUAGUCUCAAAGAAUUUUGUACGCAAUAAUUGAAAUUUUGUUUCUAUUUAAAUAUAGAAAAGUACAAAUAUAAUCCAUGUAUAUAUAUCUUUUCUAAGAUGAAAUAAAG